CAAGAGAUAAAAAUGCCAGAGGUUGAUCUGAAGGAACUGAAGCGGCCUAUAACUGACCCCGACCUAACUGCUGGUCAACUCGAGAAGAAACCGAAGACUGAUGUACUCAGUGUGUACCCUGAUCUUGUACUGAGUACAGGAGCUAAGAUUCCCCAAGUACAGUUUGGAACAUAUAAAAUGAAGAAGGAAGAAUGCAAAAAAUCAGUACUUUCUGCAUUAAGGAAGGGAUACAGAGGAGUGGAUACGGCCUCCGUAUACGACAACGAGAAGGAGGUUGGGGAGGCCAUCAAGGAGAGUGGGAUAAGUCGCAGCAGCCUCUUUAUCCAAACCAAACUCUGGAGAAGUUUCACUGGAGCUGGAAAAAAUGGUAAACCAUUGUGUGAUGCAGAGUUGAGAAAAUCCCUGAAAAGACUUGGUACAGCGUAUAUUGAUAUAUGGCUGAUGCACUGGCCAGGACCUGGUCGCCAUCUUAAUUAUCCACCAGUAAGGAUGGGGAUGGAUCGGCCUAAACAGCUGAUCCCUGGAAAUGAAAAGAAAAGGGUUCCCGAGAAUUGGACUCCAGAGUUGAGAUUAGAAACCUACAAAUACAUGAGUAAACAUGUGUCUCCGUCUGGGCCUGUCAGAGCGCUUGGCGUAUGCAACUUCAGCCUACGACAGAUGAAAGAUCUUGUCGCUUUUUGCGACUUGGAAAAGAUUCCUCGGCCUGCAUUGUUACAAAAUGAGUGUCAUCCGUAUUUGAUAUCUCGAGAUAUUCGUAAUUAUUGUAAAGAGGAAAAUAUUGUAUUCCAGGCGUAUGCAAGCCUAGGAGCCGGAACUAUCAACCUUAUGUCAGACCAAACCGUACUUAAGGUUUCCUCCGAACUAGGAGUAACUCCUGCUCAGGUUCUUCUCCGUUGGAGUGUACAACACGGAUGCUCAGUUCUUCCCAAAAGUGUAAAUGAAAAGAGACAGAAAACCAACCUGGAUAUCUGGGGGUUUAAGUUGAGCUCGAAUCAGAUGGAUCUUCUGGACGGAUUGGAUCAAGGUGCUCCGGGUCAGAAUACUAUGGUGGGCUGGCUCAGGGAGCAUGACCCAGACUUUUACUAAGUUUAUGUUUAAACUCAUACCUUCAGCUUAAAAGUACACAAUUAAUUUCUUGUUAUCUUUGAACCUAGCCAAAACCCUUGAAGUAAUUGUUAUUACUUUUUAAUGUAAGAGCUUUAAAAAUUUUUUGUACAAUAAAUAUAUUUUUUCUGAUAAAGAUCGUCACAAAAUAAUUCCAACUUUCAUGUAAUACUUCUUUUAUACAAACUUUUCAUGUUAUUUAUUUACAAUAAAAUUUUUACUCUAA